AUGGAAAGGGAACAUGAUGAUAAUUCAAAAGACAAUGUUGAAUUUGAUAAGGAGAUUGAGUAUUCCAUUGCGCCAGUAAGCUACAAAGUAGAAAGUAUCACGAAAAAAGAGUGGUCAGACCAGGGCUCUUCCGAUUCACCAGGUCAGGAUCAUCAUCCAGGGCCCCACCACCAUCAAGAAAAUCAUCAUCAGCAGCGUCAGCAACAGUAUGAAGAAGAAUAUGCUGAGCACGGAAAAGACACUAGAUAUGAAGAAGUUCCAUCGACUUCUAGCGUUGAUGGCGCCUAUUCAACUCUGUACUCAACUUCAAGCUCUGAUGUUGGAUUGGUUGCCGUUGAAAGCGGAGUUUAUCCAGUCAUGGCGGAAGAAAGCAGUUUUGAAUCGCAUAAUCAGCGCGGGAGUUCUAGUGUCUAUCAGGAAGGAUCAGUCGUAACACCCCUUGGAGAUUCCUCCGAGCUUCAUUCUCCCGUCCACUUCGAUGUCGAGAACUACCCCCAAGAUGUUAUGCAACCGGCAAUGAUGACUCUCGAAUCAACUUCUCGUCCGGAGCCAACUCGUGAGCGAAGCAACACCGGCAACCGAGACGAGAACGUUUCUAAAGCAGAAACCGAAGAACUCAAUUCUACACCAACGGCUCAUCCAGACAUCCGUCUCCAGGAAGUCUUGAAGAACUCGAUCGAACAGCCAAUCAAAAAUGGAAUUUGUGUACAACUGAAUGGGCAGCAGCUAUGGAGGACAUUCUAUGAUUUGGGUACUGAAAUGAUUAUUACAAAGGUUGGUCGACGAAUGUUUCCAGCAAUCCGAGUAAAAGUAAAGGGCCUUAAACCAAAUAGAAAAUACAUCAUGGCUUUGGACAUCGAAGCAGUGGAUGACAACAGAUAUCGCUACGUCUAUCACUCCUCGAAGUGGAUGGUGGCCGGCACCGCUGACAAUCCAGUCCCGCCGAGGGUUUAUAUUCAUCCUGAGAGUCCGCAGACGGGUGAUAGCUGGAUGAGGCAGAAUUCCCUUGUCAGUUUCGAUAAGCUGAAAUUGACUAACAACGAAAAUGAUACACAUGGACAUAUGAUUCUUCAUUCUAUGCAUAAAUAUCAGCCACGAAUCCACAUCAUCGAGAUAUUGGAUGAAAACGUACAACCAAACCUGAAUUUCCAACAGCGAAUCGACACCGAAGCACCUGGAGUUACAACUUUUGUCUUUCCAGAAACACAGUUCAUCACAGUAACCGCUUAUCAAAACCAGCAAAUCACGAGGCUGAAGAUUGAUCGAAACCCAUUUGCGAAAGGAUUCAGGAAUUCGGGGCGGAAUAACAAAGCGCAAUAUGAUCAGAAUGCUGCUCCUCUUCCAGGGACUUACGCACAUCAUGCAGCGAGUAGACUAGCCUACCAAUCGUCAUCAACUGGCGGCAAAGCAGCUCAAGACUACACCCAAAGUACAAUGACGACUCCAGUAACAUGGACUCAAUCCGCUGUCCCCCAUCAAGCAGUCUACCCCUCUGAUCUUUCUUCUCAUCGAAAAUACACGCAUCAUCACCCCGCCCAUCAAUAUCCUUCAAUUCAGAGCCUCUCAUCAAAUAUUCAACUGGCAUAUGCUGACCCUCGAUACCCAGAAACUUAUUCUGGCUAUACUCUUCCAACUCCCGCAGUUGGCCUCCAGGAAGACAAACAACUGGAAGUAACAGUCCUUCACCAAGGUGCUUUUCGAUCAAGUGGCUCGAGUCCAGCCAUUCAUCAUCCUCAUUCACAUCCUCGACAAAGUGCAAAACGCCAUCUAACUCAAUUACCAUCAGUUUCGGACCACUACUGCAAGGAACCAAGAUACGAGGAGGAAUACCCGAGUCAAGACUCGCCGACCAUUCAGCCAACAGAUCCUUCUUCGCAUCUCCACACGCCCCAGACGCACUUGUAUUUCAGCCAGUAG